AUGGCUCCGCAGGAAAUACAUUUCUUUAAUCAGAAGCGCAUCUACGACCGAGGCUUCGAAUGGUACGAAAGUCAGAUGCCGGUGUCAAGUCCGGCACAGCUGGUAAUAGAAAAGACGCCCGGUUACCUGGUCAGUCCCGACGCGCCAGCUCGCGUCCAGACCUACAACCCUCACAUGAAACUUCUGCUAAUCGUGCGGAACCCGGUGACCAGGACCAUCUCCGACUACACGCAGGUGCACUACUCGAAACUGACCAAGGGCAAGCCUCAUGAGCCAUUUCAGGUGGCCAUCCUCGAUGCCAAUGGCCGGAUCAACCCAACGUACAAACCGAUCCGCAACAGCCUGUACGCCGACCAUCUGCAACGAUGGCUGAGGUACUUCUCGCUCGACAAUCUGCACAUCGUCGACGGCGACGUGCUCAUUAAAGACCCUAUCGUCGAACUGACCAAGGUGGAGACGUUUCUAGGCCUAGAGCAUGCCAUCUCGGCCGAUAGCUUCUACUACAACGUGUCCAAGGGAUUUUACUGCUACCGGCACCCGGUCGACGGACCGAUGUGCCUCGGCAGCAGCAAGGGUCGACAACACGUCGACGUCUUACCGAACGUCCGGCAAAAACUACGCCAUUUUUUCGCACCCUACAAUGAACGCUUUUUUCGGAUCGUAAACCGGACUUUUGAUUGGUAG